AUGUCAAAACAGCCGCAGCCGAUCAGCCCAAUGAAGAACUUCUUCGCUGGAGGUUUCGGUGGCGUCUGCCUCGUCUUUGCUGGUCAUCCACUCGACACCAUAAAAGUGCGUCUACAGACUCAGCCAAAGCCUAAACCAGGAGAGAGCCUCCAGUAUGCUGGGACCAUUGAUUGUUUCAAGAAGACCUUAGCUAAAGAGGGAGUAAAGGGGCUCUAUAAAGGCAUGGCAGCCCCAAUCAUUGGAGUCACGCCCAUGUUUGCCGUCUGUUUCUUUGGCUUUGGUUUGGGCAAGAAACUGCAGCAGAAAAGCCCCGAUGACAUCCUCACGUAUCCACAGCUCUUUGCUGCAGGCAUGUUAUCCGGUGUCUUCACCACAGCCAUCAUGACUCCAGGCGAGCGCAUCAAAUGUCUACUGCAGAUCCAGGCUUCAUCUGGAAAAGUGAAGUACAACGGGCCGAUGGAUUGUGUCAAGCAGCUCUACAGGGAGUCUGGCAUCAGAGGAAUCUACAAAGGCACCGCGCUGACUCUCAUGAGAGACGUUCCUGCGAGCGGUAUGUACUUCAUGUCAUACGAGUGGUUAAAGAAUCUCCUCACGCCGCCGGGAAAGAGUCAUAACGAACUCAGUAUUCCCAGCGUGCUUUUCGCAGGAGGGAUGGCAGGAAUAUUUAACUGGGCCGUGGCAAUUCCCCCCGAUGUGCUCAAGUCUCGAUUUCAAACAGCUCCUGAAGGAAAGUAUCCCAAUGGCUUCCGGGAUGUUCUACGCGAGCUGAUCCGAGAGGAGGGCAUAGGCUCCUUGUACAAAGGUUUCAACGCUGUCAUGCUUCGAGCUUUUCCCGCAAAUGCUGCUUGCUUCUUGGGAUUCGAACUGGCAAUGAAAUUCCUGAACUGGCUGGCACCAAACCUGUGA